GAUACAAAUACAUCCCGGCGAAAAUCAGGCAGGCGGAGCAUGGAAGGGAGGAGCACGGCCGCCGCGAUGUCGUCGGAGCCGGUGAGGCUCAUCGGCUGCUUCGCCAGCCCGGUGGUCCACCGCGCCGAGCUGGCCCUGCGCCUCAAGGGCGUCCCCUACGAGCUCAUCGAGGAGGACCUCAACAACAAGAGCGAGCUGCUGCUGACGCACAACCCCAUCCACAAGACCGUCCCCGUGCUCCUCCACGGCGACCGCUCCAUCCCGGAGUCGCUCGUCAUCGUCGAGUAUGUCGACGAGGCCUUCCCCGCCGGCCCGCCGCUCCUCCCCGUCGACCCCCUCGCCCGUGCAACCGCCCGCUUCUGGGUCCGAUUCCUCGAAGAGGAGGAGUGCAAGAAGCCUAUGUGGAUCGCGCUGUGGGCGGACGGCGAGGCGCAGGCUGCGGCGGCGAGGGAGACGAAGGAGAAGCUGGCGCUGCUGGAGGCGCAGCUGCCGGAGGGGAAGAGGUUCUUCGGCGGCGACGCCAUCGGCUUCCUCGACAUCGCCGCCGGCGGGGCGCUCGCGCACUGGAUGGGGGUGUUCGAGGAGAUGGCCGGGGUGCGGCUGCUCACCGAGGAGGCGCACCCGGCGCUGUGCCGCUGGGCGAGGGAGUACAGGGCCGACGAGACCGUGCGUGGGUGCCUCCCGGACAGGUCCCGCGUGCUCGCUGCCUUGGCGGCGAGGAAGGAUCUGUAUGUCUCCAUUGCUAAGGCCAUGGCUGCACAGAAGUAGUAGCACGGUUCACGACCAAGAAGGGGAUAUGCAUGCUUGUGACCAUGGCGUACUGGUCAAUGAUGCUGAAAUCAGGGCUAUGUAUACAUGUCGAUGCAUAUCCAUAGUGGAUCCAAUGUUCUUGGAAUAAAAAGAAGGGAAAAGUGCGUCCGCCGCCGACUAUGUAUACAUGUGUCGAUGCAUAUCCAAAGUGUAUCCGAUGUUCUUGAAAUAAAAAGG